CCAUAAACAUAAAUAUCUUAAACUGUUUAUUUUUAAAAGUAAAUUUCUAUGAAAAAAAAUCCAAAAACGUAAUAAUUUUAUAUUGAAAUUAAAUUUAAAUAAUUAUCAGCUAUCUGUUUCAAAUUUUCAAAACUAUUAUUCUUUUAUUUAAAAAAAAUAAUUCAGUUACAAAUUGGUAUCAGUGACCGUGAAAUCCUACUAGACCUUCCCUAUAUAUACCUGUAGUUCACUCCUCCAUCCUCACACGUUCUAUACCGCUAACAAAACAAAUUCCAUACUCUCUUAACUUUCUGAUUAGAUUCCGAGAAAGUGAAGGAAAAUUCUUGUUUGAGAAUGGAGCUUGAUCUUUCCCCGAAGUUGGCCACCAAGGUGUACGGAGGCGAUGGUGGAUCCUACUACUCUUGGGCUCCAUCGGAGCUCCCUAUGCUUCGUCAGGGUAACAUUGGUGCAGCUAAGCUAGCUCUCGAGAAAAAUGGCUUCGCUCUUCCUCGUUAUUCAGAUUCAUCUAAAGUCGCUUACGUACUACAAGGUAGUGGUGUUGCUGGAAUAGUACUUCCAGAGUCAGAAGAGAAGGUCAUCGCCAUUAAGGAGGGAGAUACUAUUGCUCUUCCUUUUGGUGUUGUGACAUGGUGGUACAACAAGGAAGACACUGAGCUCGUUGUUCUCUUUAUGGGGGAUACCUCUAAAGCUCACAAGGCUGGUGAGUUCACCGACUUUUUCCUCACCGGAUCAAAUGGAAUCUUCACUGGUUUCUCAACUGAGUUUGUUGGCCGAGCAUGGGACUUGAAAGAGAAUGUAGUUAAGACCCUCGUUGGAAAGCAAUCGGGUAAGGGCAUUGUCAAGCUUUCUGAUGACUUCAAGAUGCCAGAGCCGAAGAAGGAGCACCGCGAAGGAAUGGCCUUGAACUGCUUAGAGGCUCCCUUAGAUGUUGAUAUUAUCAAAGGAGGAAGGGUCGUUGUACUGAACACUAAGAACCUCCCUUUGGUUGGUGAGGUUGGGCUUGGGGCUGACCUUGUGAGGUUGGAUGGUAGCGCUAUGUGCUCUCCCGGAUUUUCUUGUGACUCUGCUCUGCAGGUUACUUAUAUUGUUAGGGGCAGUGGCCGUGUUCAAGUUGUAGGCGUAGAUGGCAAAAGGGUCUUGGAAACAACUGUUAAAGGUGGCAACUUGUUCAUUGUGCCAAGGUUUUUUGUUGUUUCAAAGAUUGCUGAUCCAGAAGGUUUGGAAUGGUUCUCUAUUAUCACAACCCCAAACCCCAUUUUCACCCAUUUGGCUGGAAGGACUUCAGUGUGGAAGGCUUUAUCUCCACAGGUGCUGGAGGCUGCAUUCAAUGUGGAGUCUGAUGUAGAGAAGGAAUUCCGAUCAAAGAGGACUACUUCUGAGAUUUUCUUCGCUCCACCAAACUAGAUAAAUUUAGAUAUUGCAAUUCUUAGUCGUCCCAAUAAAAUGCUCUAAUGUCAAUAAGAAAUUGAGCUCUGAUGUUCGGUUUAAUUUUAUGUUAGUUUCUUUUGUGGUCACAAUGAACAGCAUUAUAUGAUGUUUAAAGUUUUAUCUUGGACUUAUUAGUGAUUAAUGAAGUUUUUAUCUUUCUAGA